CAUGAACGGUCUACCCUCAGCCGAGGCGCCGGGCAGCGCGGGUUGCACUCUGGCUGGGCUCCCGCCGCUACCGCGGGGCCUCAGCGGCCUCCUUAACGCUAGUGGGGGCUCGUGGAGGGAGCUGGAGCGUGUCUAUAGCCAGCGGAGCCGCAUCCACGAUGAGCUGAGCCGUGCCGCCCGCGCCCCGGACGGUCCCCGUCACGCUGCGGGCGCUGCCAACUCGGGCUCUGCAGCAGGCGCGCGUCGCCCAGUUAACCUGGACUCGGCACUGGCCGCGCUGCGCAAGGAGAUGGUGGGGCUGCGGCAGCUGGAUAUGUCGCUGCUGUGCCAGCUGUGGGGCCUGUAUGAGUCGAUCCAGGACUACAAGCAUCUGUGCCAAGACCUGAGCUUGUGCCAGGACCUGUCAUCUUCCCUCCACUCGGACAGCUCCUACCCACCUGAUGCCGGCCUGUCCGAUGAUGAUGAGCCUCCUGAUGCGAGCCUGCCCCCAGACCCUCCACCCCUCACUGUGCCCCAAACACACAAUGCCCGUGACCAGUGGUUGCAGGAUGCCUUCCAAAUUAGCCUCUGAAAAGCUGAGGUGGAUAGCUAACUAAGCACCUAGACAAAAGGCUCAGAACUUGCCCUUCAGCAAGUCCUUAGUCGACAGUGCCUGCUCUUUUACCAGUACCGCCUCACUUCACUUCAGGAGGGCAAGGCAUACCCAUCAGGCAAAGCGGUCAAGAUUGCAGCCAAUGCCCAGUGCACUGGGCUCCCCACUUCUCCCACGUGUGUGCACCCCUAGCUUGGCCAGCCCUUAGUCUGACCUUGGGGUCCAAAGUGUCUUGCACUCGCGUUGGCAUCGCUAGGACUGGGAUGAUUGCCUAGCUUCCAUCUCUUUCAUCUUUUGCUGCCACGUGCAGCUGCUGGCUCAGGGGCAUCCCUCUCUGUGGCCCUAGGGUUUCACUGCCUGGGACAAGGGCUCCAGGACCCAUCCCCGCAGCCACCCACAAGCCAGAAAGGCUAAGGUCUCUAUGCUGGAUAUUUACGUUUAGGGGCCAGUACGUGAAUGGAAAAAUAAAUACUUUCAACAUUGUA